UGUCCUCUUUGGGCGCCGUGGAGCGCAGGGCUGAGUCCAGAGCCUCUGAGAAGCAAGGGUCUUCUCUCUUCUCGCUGGUGAGCUGGGGUCACCUCAACAGAGUGCUUCUCCGCCCCUCUGGGGCUACUUCUGAGGCUUGUAGCUUGAGCCCCUCCAAAGAAUUCUCUUACCUGUUCUGGAGUUUCUUAGGGUCCCGGCUCCCCAACAACCCGGACUUGCCCACCUGGCAGCAGAACUAUCCAGCAGUUCCCACCCUGGAACCUUAGGGCAGCAAUGGGGCUGCCCUGGCCAUUAAUGGCCAUCAUCCAUUUUUAAUCAGACAGAUCACAAGAGAGAUGGUAAGCGAAACCCGGUCCGAGUCAAUUUAAAUAAUAUUCCUGAGGCAACCCAAUCACUUAAAACCGAGACACCUACGUUAGCGAGCGCUCGCGCCCCGCCCAUCCGGCGGGGAAGAGCGCGCUGCCUGAAUUAAUCAAGAUCAAGGGGCUCCUGGGCUGAGAGCUCAGCCUUAACCCUUCCAGCGCUGCGGGGUACCCAGGCGCCGGAGGGAGAGCGCGGCCGUCGCCGGCCGAGAUGCCCAGAGCGGUCCGGCUCGGGCAGCCUCUGCUCGGCCCCGACGCUCCGCACGCUCCGGCCGGGACCCCGGCGUCCCGCAGCCCCGGCUCGCGGUGCCCGGCUCCCGGGGCGGCUUCGGCGCCGAGCAGCAGCCGCCCCCCGCAGCCUCGGCGCGCCCCGGGCUCCUCCUCCCUCCCCGGCGUGGCCAAGUGAGCACCGCUCGGGCCGCAGGUAGCCGAGGCGCGGGAGGCGGCGAGCGCGGGCCCCGGCGCCGCGCCCGGCCAGAGGGAGCUCCGAGCCUCGCGGUGCCGGACGGCCGCGGGAGGGGCGCGCCGGCCAUGUGGGGUCCCGGGGUGCCCGGCGAGGGCCUGGCGGCCGCUCCGGCGCCACCGCCGCCGCUGCCGCUGCUGCUGCUGCUGGCGCUGGCGCUGGUGGCGCCCUCGCGGGGCGGCGGGGGCUGCGCCGAGCUGGCGUGCGGCGAGCGGGAGCGCUGCUGCGACUCGGCCAACGCCACGGCCGCGCGCUGCUGCAAGCUGCCGCUCCACGCCUUCCUGGACAACGUGGGCUGGUUCGUCCGCAAGCUCUCCGGGCUGCUCAUCCUGCUGGUGCUCUUCGCCAUCGGCUACUUCCUGCAGCGCAUCAUCUGCCCCAGCCCACGCAGGUACCCGCGCGGCCAGGCGCGAGCGGGCCAGGCGCGAGCCGGGCCCGCCGGGGGCGCCGGGCCCCCGGGGACGGCGGGGCCCCCCGACGGCGACGACGACGACGACUCCCCCGCCCUGCUGCGCGACGAGGUGGCCGCGGGCUCGCAGGACUCGCUGCUGGAGAGCGGCGGCGGCCGGGCCGGGGGAGGGGGCGGGCGCCCGCCCCCCGCCUGCGUCUCGGAGCACGAGCUGCGCGCGGUGGCCCCUGUCUUCCUCCAGCUGCCCAGCUACGAGGAGGUCAAGUACCUGCCCACCUACGAGGAGUCCAUGCGGCUGCAGCAGCUCAGCCCUGCCGAGGUCGUGCUGCCCGUGUCGGUGCUCGGCCGUCCGCGAGGCGGCGGUGCCGGGGACCCCGACGGCGGCCAGGGCCGCUUCCCGCUCAUCUGAGCGCAGGGCACCUAGCGGGGGGCACCCGGACCGUCACCAGGUUGGGGGCCGCGGUGGGCGCGCCACAGCCGGUGGGGCUGACUUGCCUGUGACCACACCCACCAUCUCCGCACCACCUGUCGCCCCGCGCCUGGGUGGGGGUC